UGCCGUGUGGGGGGUCUUCACGUUCUCGUGGCGCGGCGCAGGCGCACUGGGUCCUCGGCGCGGACCGCGCAGACUGAAUAAUAAAAGGGGAGCGGCGAAGAGGCAGGAAGACAGGACCAUGUCGAAGGGCCCCGGGCCCGGCGGCUCCGCAGCUUCCUCGGCGCCCCCGGCCGCUACCGCUCAGGUGCUGCAGGCACAGCCCGAGAAACCGCAGCACUACACGUACCUGAAGGAAUUCCGCACGGAGCAGUGCCCACUCUUUGUGCAACACAAAUGCACGCAGCAUCGGCCCUACACCUGCUUCCACUGGCACUUCGUGAACCAGCGGCGCCGCCGGUCCAUCCGCCGUCGGGACGGCACCUUCAAUUACAGCCCUGACGUCUACUGCACCAAGUACGACGAGGCUACAGGCCUCUGCCCGGAGGGCGACGAGUGCCCAUUCCUGCACAGAACCACAGGGGACACUGAGCGCAGAUACCACCUUCGUUACUACAAAACUGGAAUCUGCAUCCACGAGACAGACUCGAAAGGCAACUGCACCAAAAACGGCCUGCACUGCGCUUUCGCCCAUGGGCCCCAUGACCUCCGCUCCCCUGUCUACGACAUCAGGGAGCUUCAGGCCAUGGAGGCCUUGCAGAACGGUCAGACCACGGUAGAGGGGAGCAUAGAGGGCCAGUCGGCCGGGGCAGCGAGCCACGCCAUGAUAGAAAAGAUCCUCAGCGAGGAGCCUCGGUGGCAAGAGACUGCUUAUGUGCUGGGGAACUAUAAGACGGAGCCUUGCAAGAAGCCCCCGCGGCUGUGCCGCCAAGGCUAUGCCUGUCCCUACCACCACAACAGCAAGGACCGGCGGCGGAGCCCCCGGAAGCACAAAUACAGGUCGUCUCCAUGUCCAAACGUCAAGCACGGGGAUGAGUGGGGAGACCCCGGCAAAUGUGAGAAUGGAGAUGCCUGCCAGUACUGCCACACCCGCACCGAGCAACAGUUCCACCCCGAGAUCUACAAGUCCACCAAGUGCAACGACAUGCAGCAGUCGGGCAGCUGUCCCCGAGGACCCUUCUGCGCCUUUGCCCACGUAGAACAGCCACCCCUAAGUGACGACCUGCAGCCUUCCUCAGCUGUGUCCAGCCCCACCCAGCCGGGUCCUGUCCUGUACAUGCCGUCUGCCGCUGGAGACUCGGUGCCUGUGAGCCCCUCCAGCCCGCAUGCCCCUGACCUCAGUGCCCUCCUCUGUAGAAACAGCAGCCUAGGCAGCCCAUCUAACCUCUGCGGCUCCCCGCCUAGCUCCAUCAGGAAGCCCCCAAACCUGGAGGGCAUUGUCUUCCCUGGGGAGUCUGGCCUGGCCCCUGGCAGCUAUAAGAAAGCUCCUGGCUUCGAGAGGGAAGACCAGGUGGGAGCCGAGUACCUGAAAAAUUUCAAAUGCCAGGCCAAAUUAAAACCUCACUCACUAGAGCCCAGGAGUCAAGAGCAGCCUCUGCUUCAGCCCAAACAGGACAUGCUGGGCAUUCUCCCCGCAGGCAGCCCCCUGACCUCAAGCAUCUCUUCUAGCAUCACCUCCAGCCUGGCAGCUACCCCCCCUAGCCCAGUGGGCACCAGCAGCAUCCCUGGCAUGAAUGCAAAUGCUCUCCCCUUCUACCCCACCAGCGACACGGUAGAGUCCGUCAUAGAGUCUGCUUUGGAUGACCUGGACCUGAAUGAGUUUGGUGUGGCUGCCCUGGAGAAGACUUUCGAUAACAGCACGGUGCCCCACCCAGGAAGCAUCACCAUUGGCGGCAGCUUGCUACAGAGCUCUGCGCCCGUGAACAUCCCCGGCUCCCUGGGCAGCUCUGCCUCCUUCCACUCAGCGUCCCCAUCCCCUCCCGUCAGCCUUUCCUCGCAUUUCCUGCAGCAGCCCCAGGGCCACCUGAGCCAGUCGGAAAAUACAUUUUUGGGGACCUCAGCAUCACAUGGAUCUUUGGGUCUGAAUGGGAUGAACAGCAGCAUCUGGGAACAUUUUGCCUCUGGAAGCUUCUCCCCGGGCACUUCCCCCGCCUUCCUGUCAGGGCCAGGGGCUGCUGAGCUGGCCCGGCUUCGGCAAGAGCUGGAUGAAGCUAACAGCACCAUCAAGCAGUGGGAGGAGUCCUGGAAGCAGGCCAAACAGGCUUGUGACGCCUGGAAGAAGGAGGCAGAGGAGGCUGGUGAGCGGGCCAGCGCGGCGGGUGCUGAGUGUGAGCUCGCCCGGGAACAGAGGGACGCCCUGGAGGUGCAGGUGAAGAAGCUCCAGGAGGAGCUGGAGCGGCUACACACAGGGCCUGAGCCCCAGGCCCUGCCCGCCUUCUCCGACCUGGAGGCACUGUCUCUCUCCACCCUCUACUCCCUCCAGAAGCAGCUGCGGGCCCACCUGGAGCAAGUGGACAAGGCCGUAUUCCAUAUGCAGUCAGUGAAAUGCCUUAAGUGUCAGGAACAGAAGCGGGCGGUGCUGCCAUGCCAACAUGCUGCGCUAUGUGAGCUCUGCGCCGAGGGCAGCGAGUGCCCCAUCUGCCAGCCCGGCCGGGCCCACGCCCUCCAGUCGUGACCCUGCAGGCCUGGCCCAGCCUGGCUCAGAUCUUCUCAUCUAGGACUUUUUAAAGUAUAUAUAUAUACGAGUAUAUAUAUCUAUAUAUAGAUAUGUAUAUAUAUAUAUAUAUAUAUAUAUAUAAUGUGUGUGUGUAUGUAUGUAUAUGUAUAUGAUUAUGUAUAUGUAUACAUUUCCGUAUGUGUGCAGGUAUGCGUGGUGGCGUGGACAGUGUCUGUGUGUAUAUCUGUACAUAGAUAUAGACACACACUUUAAAAGACUUACCAAGCACUUUUUAAAAGAAGAAACUAUUUUGCAGUCCUCCCCUACCCACUCCCUGCCCUUCCCACCGCACAGACAACAUCCCUUCUCCCACUGGCCUUUUGGCAGAGAAUCUGUCUCUUUUUUAAUGUAGGAACUAACCAUUUUUAACUUCUUCCUGAGGCCUGAGCAGGCAAGGGUGGGACUGGAAGGCACUCAGGGGAGGGAGAAGCCCUCAGGGCAGACCCUGCUCCCCCUCCCUCCUUGCCAGGGCAAGGGUGGAGUGUGGAAGAUGUGGGUCCCCCAGGGCGGGCCUAGUCCCCAGCUGUGAGGGCCUCAGGGAGGCCCGAGGGGGUAUGCUGGGGGGGGGGCCUCAGCUGGUGUAGCUCCUAGGUUUACCAAAUGUUUGUUGAGUCCUAGGGAGAACAAGAAGGGCUGGAGGCCAGUGCUUCGGGGCCAGCCCCACUCCUGACACCUGGGCCCUUGAAGCCCCUCGAGGGGCAAGGCCCAGGAGUUCUAGCCCUCAGGUUCCUGAGGCCUGGGGUCUACCCUCAGUCCUCUCCCCCUGGACUCCCCACAAGAGCCUCCCUGGCCCCAGGGUCACCUACCAGGCUGGCACUCAUUCUAUGACCCCCCCCCCAGCAGCCCCCAGCUAUCCCUGUCCCCUCCCCCCUCUGGCAGCUAGCAGGGCAAUUGGCCGGGAGGAGUGUGGACUGAGGACCAAGGGGGCUUAGGCCCUGCCCUCCUCCCCGGAGGAGCUCCGUAUGCAUUCCUUGGUGCUCUCUGAGUGCAGCUGGUGUCCUGCCCUGUUCUGGGCGGACGCCUGUGUGCGUGCGUGUGUGUGUGUGCGCCUGUCCAGUGUAUAUUGUGUCUUAGCUUCCAUUUUAAAAAUUGUUCUGUACAGAAAGAGAUGCAGCAGGGGCGGGAGGGCAGAGCGGGCGGAGGGUAGCAGCCACGCCCCCAGCACCGGGUGUCUGGGAUAGGAGCAAGAGGGCUGAGAGGAUCUGGUCCUGGCCCAGGCUCCCCCUUGGGCUCAGCACGAAAGGGCUUUCAAUGAAUUAAGUGAAAACUUUUUCCUUUUUUACAAAAAUGCAAAAAUCAACAAAGCUCCAAACCUAUUGGAAAUAAAAUAUGAACUUACA